AUGGCAGAUACUCUGCGAGUCCAAUCUAGCAUUCCGGGCAUUGUGCUUCAAACAGUAAAAAUCUCUGCAUUGCUUUUCCAGAAUCAGAUUCAUCUCUACAAUUUCCUGCUUCUGAAGAUCUUCCUCUUCAACCACUGGAUGUCAGGGUUGGCCCAGGAAGCAGAGGGCUCUGUGUGCCUGGCCCCAGCCCCAUCCCAGUCCUGCCUCUUCUGCCCCAUGGGCUCCGUAAUGAGAGGCCUGAUGACCCUGUGGAGUGCUCCGCUGUUCCUGGCUCUCCAUCUGCCAGGGCAGGUCCUCACUCGCAUUUUGAACUCUCCCCUCACCCUUUGCCAUCUCGUCCAAGAAGCUUAUGGCCAACUGGGCUUCUUCUGGGUCACCUGGAAGAAUUUGCUCCGUUACUGGCUUCAGAGCUUGCUGCUGGGGUUCCUGCUGGUCCUCCUGAUCACCUGGAGGCUCUGCCAGACAGCCCACCGCUUCAGCAUCAAGCAGCUGAAACGACUGGCGCUACUGGAUAACUGGUUUUCCCUCGAGUUCUUGGGCUGGUUACAGCAGCUGUACUGGCAUGUGGAGAGCACGGCAGCUCUCACCUCUUGGCACCUGGCCUAUGUAGUCACCUGGGCCACCUGCUUGGCCUCCCACAUGCUCCAGGCUGCCUUUGAGCACACGGCCCAGCUGGCCCAGGCCCAAGAAGGGGAGAUGGAGAUGAUGUGGGAGGACAGCACUACGGAGCCACUGCAUUCUGAGGAGCCCAAAGCUUAG